AGUCCGAGGCUUCCAACGUGGGGCGAGAGUGCGUCCUGCGAAAAAGAAAAGGGGGAAAGUAAAGACAGAUAGGGGAGGAAAAAAGAGAUCUGCCCUUAAGAUCAGAAGUGAAAGGAGAAGCGUUAAAUAAUCGGAUCGCUUGGAUUUUGUCUGUUUUGAUAAGAUCCUGCUGAUAAGAAGCUUCACCGGUUUCUACAGUCGCAGAGCCUGGAAAGUUACAGCAGCUUUUCCACCCAGACGCGCUUGUUGUUGUUGUUGUUGUUGUUUAUUUUAAACAUAUUUGCACCAAACACAGCAGAGAGAGAGAGAGGGAGAGAGAGAGAGAGAGAAGGGGAGAGAGAGAGAGAGUAUUUCGGGAAAGGAAAACAAGUUGUUUAAUCGUCCAGUGAAGACUGCAGCCUGAACAUGUCUCCAUGGAGUCCGAGCACAAGAUUUCUUCCAGUUUUCUUCUGGACGCACGUUACAGCGACGUCAGCGACAAAAUAACCCGGAUUUCUGCCCGCUUCUGACAUUCUGUGUUUGUGGGAUCUUUUUUUUAAAACCUUUUCUUCUAACGAUUUAUUCGGAUCGGAUCCAAAAUAGUCAAUCCAACUGCUCGGGGCGCGCGCGCACACACACACACACACACACACACACACACACACACAUCUCAUUCUCAACCUUUUAAGGACAACAGCUUUGGACUUGCUCUCCGCUUUGGCUUUGGUGCCGCAAAACUUUCUUGAGUUGUUUGCAAUCUUUUAACAUUUUAACUUUUUGUUUCACUUUAGUUUUUGAUUUUAUUUAAAACACACUCUCACACACACACACACUAAACUUUGUGCGCGGACUUGAAGGUGUGAAACCAGGACCUGUGUAAUAUUUUUUAUUUAUUGCUUCCCAUAAAAUAACACAACACACAACACAUUCAUGAUGCCUUUUCCGCAUCCAGACGACGCAACGGAGGACAAAUAAUAAAUAAAAAGCAACCUGACUCGGAAUUGUGGAGAGAUUAGAUCACAACUGAUCCGCCGAUAGAAGUGGAUACAAAAUGGCGGCGGCUCUGGGACACAUUUCAUAUUAUGUUUUUUAUUCCCUCGUAACCCUGGAACUGUUCAUCACUCACGGCGCGAGCUCGGAUUUGCCGUGUUCACAAAACUGCACGUGCACUUCAGACACGGCCGACUGCAGCCACCGGAAAUUAACCGAUAUUCCGAAAGAUUUACCGGAUCGGACCGUCUAUCUAAACCUGAGCCACAACAUGCUGACGGCAGUCGAUACGGACAUCCUCUCCAAUCUGCCCAACCUUAAAGAAGUGAGACUGGACCACAAUGAGCUGACAUCAAUCCCCGAGUUUGGCAGCGCCUCGCCAGCCAUCGUCACUCUCCAUCUGCACCAUAAUAAGAUUAGCAGUGUGCAGGGCAGCCGUCUCCGAAACCUCACCCACCUGGAGACUCUGGAUCUAAGUAAUAAUGACAUCAUCGAUGUGAGAGAACACUGCUUCCCCCGUGGCCUCCGUGUCCGAGAGCUGUCGCUCAGCGGUAAUAAAAUUGUACACCUGGAGUUUGGUGCGUUCAGGAACCUGAACGACACUCUGCAGGUCCUGAGGCUCAGCAGGAACCGGCUCACCCAGCUGCCUGUCAAAGGCCUCGAGCUUCCUAGACUAACGCAGCUGGACCUGAGCAGGAACCGGCUGCGCUUGAUCGAAGGCCUGACCUUCCAGGGUCUCUCCAGCCUGGAGGUGUUGAAGCUCCAGAGGAACAACAUCAGCAAACUCACAGAUGGAGCGUUCUUCGGUCUUGCACGCAUGAGAACCCUCCAUUUGGACUAUAACAGUCUGAAAGAGGUGAACAGUGGCUCUCUGUACGGCCUCCAGUCUUUGCUACACCUCCAUCUGUCCAACAACUCCAUCUCAAGCUUCAACCCUGAGGGAUGGCGGUUCUGCGAGAGGCUGCGAGAGCUGCAUCUGGGCCAUAACAACUUGACGAAGCUGGCCGAGGGCAGUUUUGUUAAGUUAGCCAACUUACAGACUCUUCAGCUGAGCCACAACUCUAUCAGCUAUAUAGCAGAGGGAGCUUUCAGAGGUCUCAGCUCCUUACGCGUACUGGAGCUUGACCACAAUGACAUUUCUGGAACAAUCGAGGACACCAGCGGUGCCUUUACAGGCCUGAAGAAACUCCGGAAGCUGACGCUGUUCGGAAACAGGAUCAAGUCUGUGGCCAAGAAAGCCUUCUCAGGCCUGGAAGCCCUCGAGCACCUAAACCUGGGCGGAAAUGCCAUCCUCUCCAUUCUACCAGACGCCUUCAACAAUAUGAAGAACCUCCGCACCCUGGAGAUCUUGAGUGAUAGUUUCCUGUGCGAUUGCCAGCUGCACUGGUUUCCUGAGUGGGUGGUGGCGCGAGAGCUACAGGCUGGCGUCCACGCCACGUGCGCACACCCUGAGAGCCUGAAGGGCACCAGCAUCUUCCAGGCUCCAGCACAGAGCUUCGUUUGUGACGACCUGCCCAAACCUCAGAUCACGGUUCACCCCACGUCCACGGCUGGUGUGUUAGGGAAAGACGUGCGUUUAACGUGCAUGGCGGUAAGCAGCAGCAGCUCACCCAUGACCUUCACAUGGCGGAAAGACCAGGAGCCACUGCCUCAAGCCCACGUGGAGAAUUUUGCCCACUCCACCGCCAGAGACGGAGCAGGAAUCAUGGAGUACACAACCGUCCUCCAUCUGCGCAAUGUCAAGUUUGAGGAUGAGGGCCGCUACCAGUGCGUCAUCUCCAAUCACUUCGGCUCCACCUACUCCAACAAGGCGCGCCUCAGCAUCAGUGUACUGCCUUCGUUUGUGAAGACCCCACGUGACCUCACCAUCCGGGCUGGCGCGAAGGCUCGUCUGGAGUGUGCGGCAAAAGGUUAUCCACCUCCACAGGUUGCUUGGCAGAAAGACGGUGGCACAGAUUUCCCGGCAGCCCGUGAGCGGCGCAUGGAGGUGAUGCCCGACGAUGAUGUGUUCUUCAUAAUGCACGUGAAGCCCGAGGACAUGGGUGUGUACAGCUGCACAGCCAAAAACACAGCAGGCAUGAUCUCCGCCAAUGUCACGCUCACCGUGCUGGAAAUGCCCCAUCUGCUGCAGGGGAUGGAGGACCGCAGUGUGGUGCUGGGUGAGGCAGUGGCGCUGCAGUGUAAGGCCGUAGGUAGCCCUCCUCCACGUAUCUCAUGGCUGCGUGGUGGCGAGCCACUGCAGCCCAGCGAGCGCCACCACUUCACCCACGCCAACCAGCUUUUGGUGAUCAGCAGCACCACACUGGAGGACGCUGGCCGCUACACUUGUGUCAUGUCCAACCCUCUGGGCACGGAGCGCGCCCAGUGCAGCUUGACCGUGAUCCAGCGUCCCGGUGCCAACUGCCACGUGAACACCAGCUCUGGGGCCGUCACCGUAGGCAUUGUCGUGAUCGCCGUGGUGACGAGUGUCGUGGCGACCUCUUUGGUGUGGGUGUGCAUCAUCUACCAGACGAGGAAGAAGAGCGAGGAGUGCAGCGUCAACACGGAUGAGACCAUCGUUCCUCCUGAUGUCCCAAGCUACCUGUCCUCGCAGGGGACACUAUCUGAGAGGCAGGACGUGUGCAUAAGAGUAGAGUCCAGCGGAGGAUCCCAGCCAAUUGGCCACACACACAGCAACGGAGGUUUUGAUGUUCCAGUCCUGUGUACUGACUGCAUGGAAAACAGCAGCAGUUACUCCAGGCCAUCAGACUACUUCUGCCAGGGCCUUACGCCUCCUGCAGGCAUGGAGUACCAGCAGAUGCACCCUCCAUCGACCUUCACUAGCCAUAAGAUGGGUGAGGGGCACUGUAACGGCACGCCCAACGGAGUCAGGAGGGAGGUGACGCCGACGUCGCAGAAGAAACACGGAGAUAGAAAAGUUUCAGGAUCUCCUGCCAGCAGGACGGGAACGUCAUCUCCGAGCGAGAGCCACCAUCGGCCAGUAAAGCCGACCUCGAUUCCCUCCACCUGCACGGACGCUGAGCUCACAAAGACUCUAUUACCCAAUGGCCACACACAGUCGAGUGAGACCGCCCCCCUCAGGCCGGCUAGUGACUAGCACCUCGUGGAAUACCAAGCGAAGACUUUCGUAUUGAUAUUUUUGUAUCCUGUUUGCACUGUGAACUGCUACCUCACACCGAGGGGCGCACAUGGAGCUCGUCCUGCAUCUGAUCGCAGAGACUAGGCGUCCGGGUUUGAAGGCGAAGCUUGAACAGGGGGCCGUUCGUGUCCCAGUUCGAGCGUUACACCUGUAUAUAGUGUUUAAAUCCUCCUCAGGGAGGCUUCGUUCACCGCUGCAAAAAAAAAAAAAAUGUGACUUGCAUUUGAAGCAUGUUAAUGUAGGGAAUAUUGUAUGAUACAACAGAGUGCUAUAAUGUUGGACUUUAAAUUGUACAUAAGAGUUUUCAUAUAUAUCUAUAUCUAUAUUAUUAUUAUAUAACUUUUACAGAAGAGUAUUUGAAUCUAUUCUGUGCAUGGUCCGAUCAGAGUGAUGCUAUUUUUCCUCUCUUUUUAUAAACCUCCCAGCCCUGGUGCCUUACAGCAUGAACAAAGAAUCUGCGAGUCUGUCGUGUGUCUCUCAGGACGAGACUCUUCUCUUUCGUGAAAUGGAAAUGUUUUCCUGCACUUGAAAUUGAGAUAAACACUAUAAUCUCCAGCUACGGCCUUAUCAUACGGUUCAUAUUUGUUGCUCUUGAAUAAAAGAAACUGUUUAGGCCCAGUAUGGUACAAUAAGAUCGAGGGUGGGUGAAGAAAUGCAAAUCAGCACUUUGGUAGUAAUAUUGUGAGAUUUAACACCAUUCUCAAGAUUUAAAUGUGUAGGAAGGAUGAAAUUUUCACACUUUUUCACUAGAGUAAAUACUGAACUCAAACAGAAAUGCUUAAGCAGCCUAUUUCACAAUUCCACAGGUGAGACCUACUAACUGUGGAGGUUAAAACUGUAAUUUUCAUCAUUUGCACAGCCUUAAAUCUGGGGGGAGCAAAAGAAAAGAUUCAGCUCUUCCAUUUGCUAAAGGUACCAAAUGCAAGUAGUUAGCCAGUGGUACAUAUAAACUGUACUACUCUGGUUCAUUUUUUAAUUGACUACAUUUUAUAACACCAUUGAGGGAAGCAAUGUGAAUGUGGACACCUCAGAAGAAAAGAAAAAUUACUAAAAUGUGUGCUAACAACAGAGCAUUGUUAGAAAUUUCUUAGCGCACAACAAAAGGGAUGAAGAUAAACUUUACUUACACAAGGAAAGGGCAUCAUUAUGUGUUAGCUGGUGUUCAGGUGUUUUUUCAAUGUCUACGCACAGGGAAUGGCCAGUAUCUUCAGUAAACACCAUUAGAUAAUGCUACGUCAACGUUACUAAACGCCUCAUUAGCUAAUGCUAACUCUAGCCUCUUUAAACCAAAUAAUAGGUACUAAGCAAAUAACUCAAAUCUGUGAGGCUUUUUAAGCCUACCCGUUUUGCUUGUUUUUUUUUUUUCCUCCCCACAGAAACCAAACUGAGGGAAUAAUUUUUUUCUGUAGGAGUUAGCUAGCUAUGUUACAGCAAUUCUGUCACUCUGUUACCUAACUAACUGGUUUACACAGCUAGAUUUUAGCUAACCGGCUAACUCGGAAUGAAGAGAAAAAAUCUUUGCUUCUUAAUCUUCUCAGAUAUACAAAAAGGUUUUACCUGCUAAUUUCCAUUGCUCAUGUGGCAUAGCAGACUUCUUCACCUUCCUUUCAGAUUAAUUUAUUGAAAUGAACUCAUACGGCUGUACAUUUGCAAUGCUGAAAAUGUUGACGUGUGGCAAGUUGACAUGUCUAUUAAAAUCACAUUUGCUCUUUGA